AUUUUGGUACCGAUGACAGGGAGUUGGGCGGGAGGCAAGGCAUGCAAGCCAGCUCUAGAGAUGGCCCUUGAAAGUGUUAACAGUGACCCCAGAAUUCUGCCAGAAUACCAUCUCAAUAUGGAGGUCAAAGAUAGUCAGUGCAAGCCUGGAGUUGGUACUAGUUUGUUUUAUGACUAUCUGUAUACUGAGCCUCCAAAGUUGAUGGUGCUAUCAGGAUGUAGUGCAGUGUCCACUUUCAUAUCACAGGCUGCCAAACUGUGGAACAUAAUAGUUUUAGGUUAUGGAUCCAGUUCUCCGUCACUUUCCGACCGACAACGAUUUCCCACUUUCUUUAGGACACAUCCGUCAGCAAAUCUUCACAAUCCAACAAGGAUAAGAUUGUUUCAGAAGUUUGGUUGGACCAAAAUAGCUACAAUCCGACAAAAAGAGGAGGUGUUUACGUCUACGGAGGAAGAUUUGGAAAAACGAAUCAAAGCAGCUGGUAUGGAAGUUGUGACGAGACAAGAAUUUCUAUCUAACCCAUCCAAAGCAGUGACUAUUCUAAAGCAACAGGAUGCAAGGAUUAUUGUUGGGAUGUUUUACGAAAACAUGGCAAGAAAAGUUUUCUGUGAGGCAUACAAAAACGAACUUUACGGCAAACGGUAUGUAUGGUUCCUGGUGGGUUGGUAUCCUGACAACUGGUAUGAAAAAUCUGAACCGGAAGUGAGUUGCAGUUCGGAACAACUAAAGUUGGCGCUGGAAGGACAUUUUACUACUGAAGCAGUAAUACUUCAUCAAGAGAAACUCGUCAAAACUAUUUCCGGAAUGACAUCAGCUGAAUUUCAAAUGGAACUUAAUAAAAGAUUGAAAAACAAGACUGAUGUCACUGGCUAUCCUGAGGCUCCACUGGCGUUUGAUGCCAUCUGGGCUGUGGCUUUAGCCUUCAAUAAGACCGAGGAAAGGCUGAAAACUGUUCGGUCUAGUCUUCAGAAUUUCCAGUAUGGUAGGGAAGACUUGUCAGAAGAGAUUUAUUCCGCCAUGAAUAGAACUCACUUCCUUGGUGUAUCGGGCAAUGUUGCCUUUUCAUCCGAGGGAGACCGCAUUACAUGGACAAUGGUGGAACAGAUGACGAAUGGGACAUAUCGUACCGUUGGGUAUUAUCACCAGAUGUCGGACAAUCUAUCAUGGCUUGGUGAGGAAAGAUGGACAGGGGGACAUCCUCCUCCAGACCACACACGUGUUGUGAUAUCACCUCGGGUUAUUCCUCCAAACGUAUUUCUGAUCUUCAGCAUUGUUUCAGCAGUUGGAUCUUUGUUUGGAAUCUACUGUUGUUUAUUUACCUAUCUAAACAAACAUCGAAUGUGCAUAGCGGGUUCUCAGCCAGCGAUGAACAUUCUGGUGAUUGUGGGCUGUUUUCUGUCUUUGUUGGCUGUUCCUCUGUUUGGAUUGGACCAGAAUUACAUCUCUCUUGAAACCUUUUCUGCCUUGUGUCCACUGAGAGCUUGGUGUCUUUCGGUCGGAUUUUCAUUCGGUUACGGAGGCAUGUUUGCGAAAAUAUGGAUGGUACACCGUAUAAAUACAAAUGCAAAAGCUUCCGGAAAGAGAAUCAACCCUUCAGAGUUGUAUACAGUAUUCGUGGCUGUUCAGAUUGUAAAUAUAGGUAUUCUGACAACUUGGCAAAUCAGAGACCCCUUGUUUCGACAGUUGCGUACCUUUGAUCUCGAGGAUCCCGCCAAUAACGAGGAGGACACGAAACUCCGCCCACAGCUGGAACUUUGUGUUGCGAAACACAUGGCAAUUUGGAUAGGUAUUACCCUUUGUUUCAAUGGGAUUCUUCUGCUGUUUGGUAUAUUUCUAACCUUCGAAACACGAAAAGUUAAACUGAAAAAUUACAACGACUCUCGAUUCGUGGGAAUGGCAAUCUAUAAUAUCACGGUGUUUGGUUCCAUUACGGCACCCCUAUGUCUCAUUAUCAGUAAGCAGCACGUGGCAAAGUUUGUCUUCAUGACAGGUUGCAUCCUUCUCUCCUGCUUUCUGUCAAUGGGUCUUCUGUUUCUUCCAAAGAUGUUACAUGUAUUGCGGAAUCCAGAAUCUGUCCGAGGUGAGAGAUUCGGAACUCCAGAGGGAGAGGGUGAUAUCGUCCAUCAGAGACUUAUACGUGAGAAUGAAGUUUUGAAAAGACGCAUACAGAUGAUGGAGGACAGAUUGGCAGUGUUGAAUAAACAACUGAUAAGUAAAUCUUAUAAAAGAGUGUAUUUAUCAGCUGGCCAUCAGGAGUGUGGUGCACAUGAUAAAAGCAGUCAACUGACAUAAUUCGGCUUGUAUAAUGAAUACAUGUAAAAUAAACAAAUUGAC